GUGUGCCACACACAUCAAUUUCGCCCCACGCCGACACCACCAAAGCCGAGGUCGAUGUGGAAGAUGCGCUGGGCCGAUUCCAAGCUCGCCGUGGGGUUGCUGCUCCUCAUUAUUUCUCGCAGUGUCGACCGAGUCUACUAUACGCGCAUCACCUACGACUACAACGAGUUCCUCUGGUACUUCUCCAACAUCAUUUGCCCCAUUGCGUACCUUGUCACGUCAUGGCCCGUGGUUUGGUACAAGAUGUGGUUCACUCAGGAAAUCACGACUGAGAUGACCUCGUUCCCGCAUUACAAGUUUGCCAUCAUGGGUCUCUUCGACACUCUGUACAACCUUCUCACGGCAUUCCCCACGCCGCACAUUGGUGGCAACAUGUCCAACGCCUUGAACCAACUCAACCUUCCGUUUAACAUGAUCUUGUCUGCGAUCCUGCUCUCGACGCGAUACAAGCGAUCACACUACAUGGGCGCAGUCCUCGUCCUGUACGGCGCACUGGUCACGAUGAUUCCCGUGUUCCGCAACGAAGUAGCGGCGAAUAUGCCGGAUCCAUCCAUGUUUUGGAUCCUCUUUUACAUUAUCGGGUUGCUUCCCGCCGCCGGCUCAAACGUGUACAAGGAGGUCGGGCUCAAGGACGUCGAUCUCGAUAUUUGGUACGCCAACGCAUGGAUCAGCACAUACCAAAUCCUGUGGGGCGCGCUCACGAUCUGGACGAUUCAGCUGCCUGCUUUCUCGGACCCUCCGGUCUCAUGGCAAGACUUCCCCAACUACAUCUCUCAAGCACACAACUGCUUCAUCGGCAACCCCGCGACCUUCAACGGCAAGGAGCUGCCCUGUAACAAUGGCGUGUUUGUCACGUUCAUGUGGUACAUCUUGUUCAACUGCGUGUACAACCAAAUCAUGCUGUACGUGUUCAAGGAAGGCAGCAGCGUGCUUUUUGUCGUGUCCUCUGCCGUUUGCCUUCCAUUGACCGAUAUCUUGUACAUGGUGCCGUUUAUUGCAGGCCCCAAGGCGUCGCAGACGUUCACUAUCUACGAUGGGUUUGCGCUGUUUGUCCUCAUCAUGGGGAUGCUCGUAUACCAUUCAGAGAAGGAGGAGCGCGUGGAGGCUGCGACGUCGACGCAGAAAUCCCCCAUGUUUUCUUCGCCAAGCUUGCGCCAAGCGCAGUUGAUGCGCGGCCGACGCAAGUCGGGACGGGUAGGUGGCUCUGCCUUGGCGCUGCGUGCGCCCACUGUCAAGUACGGCACUGUGAAAGACUCUGGCAACGUGGUCUAAAGUCUUGUUGGCCGACUCCAGGACACACCACGUCGACGGUAACUUUAUCUCGGAUAACAUCGACAACGAGAGAAGUUUAUGCAUCCAA